GUUGAUUGAAAAAGUCCCCGUUGAUUUCAUAGAGCUGUACAACACAAUGGCACAGAUGAAUGUCUACUGUUUCCUAUUACUACUACUCAAAUGUUCAGUUGCUUCAGAGGAUAAUUAUCAUAACAUAAUACAAAAUAGUUAUCAAACAUUGAAAGGAUAUUCACGGCAUGUAAACCAGACGGCUUUACUUCAAGAUAUCAAUGCAAUGAAUAAAGCCCUGAAUGUACGGACAAUAUUAGACAAUCUUCAGACAUUUUCAGAUGAGUUGGACAAGUUCUCAGAACUAUCUGAUAGUGUUAUAAUUGGAAAUACUACUAAUGUUAAUGGUUUUAAUGUCACUUCGACUUUAAACCAGAACACAGAUAUUAAUUCUUUGCCUACAACGGCUUAUGCAACUCCUGAACAAAGUGAUACCACACUUGCAAAGGAUACAGCAACUGUUCACGUAACCACAGAGUCAAUGGUAACAACAGUUCUACCCGUAACAGUGACUCCUUCUUAUUCUCCAGUGAUAACCAGUACAGCCCCACCCUUACCUAAGGUGAAUGCACUCUGCUUGAACCAUACUCAAAGUAUUCUUGGAGGAUUAUUUGGAGGAAAACAAUGGGCUAUGCAAAUGUUGGAUGCUUUGGGAAAGCCUCCUGCAGGUUUACUUGGUGGAAAAUUUGCCUGGCUUGGUGAUUAUGACGAAUGCAUUGGUAUAACAGCUGAUGAAUUCCACGGAGAAUACUGUCUUGCCAAGUUUUAUGUUGCAUCUAUUUCCAAUCCAUUAACGAAAGCAAAAGGAAUGGAAAUUAGAGUCGGGAUGUGUUUGCCGAAUACCUGCUCUAUUUCAGAUAUAAAAAAUCUUUUCAACUCCGUUUUACCUAGGAUUUCAAAUAACACAGUAUUUGCUACUGGUGGAGAUUGCAAGAAACCUGACCAACCUAUUGAUUUUAGAGCAAGAAUAGCAUUCAUUAUAAUAGGUGUACUUGUUGGACUUGCGAUCAUAGCUACCACGUACGAUAUUAUUAUUCAACACAUGUCUAAACCAAAGAAAAACAGUUGGGAUCUUUUCGAUGGACAUGCCACGACAUAUGAUUCAGCGGGUAAUGGGCAUGUUAAUAACGGAUAUGAAGGCGAAAAAAAUGGACCAAUCAGCGAUUUAUCUGGCCAAAAGCACAAAUAUCAAUUUAAAGAGCCGGAUAGGUCAAUGUCAGUUGAAGAUCCGUCCACAACUCAGUACAAACCACAUGAACCAGGAUUUCUUGGAAAGUUACUGCUGUCAUUUUCUGUUUACACAAAUGGAGCUAAGAUAUUGAGUACAAACCAAGGUUCUGGCACGCUAACCGCUGUCAACGGUAUACGGUUUAUCAGCAUGAGUUGGGUUAUUCUAGGACACACAUACGCGUUUGGCUUGUACUCAGUAGGUAAUAUUGGUACGCUUUAUGGAGCACUGAUAAAGAGAAAAACCUUCAUGGCCAUUAUCAAUGCUGAGGUAUCAGUAGAUACCUUCUUCGCUUUAAGUGGUACCUUACUAACAUACGUAGUUCUAAAUCAACUGAAGAAGCAAAAAGGCAGACUGAAUUGGUUUAUGUUUUAUUUUCAUCGGUUUUGGAGGUUAACCCCUCCAUAUAUGCUAAUUAUGAUGGUGCAGAUAUGUAUCUCUAAAUAUCUGGGAAGCGGACCCAUGUGGUCAACCGAUGGCUUCGAAAAGAAGUACUGUAAAGAUACGUGGUGGUGGAAUCUAUUAUACAUUAAUAAUUUCAAGACAAGUGCAGAAGAGUGUUUUGCCCAUGCUUGGUACUUGGCAAAUGAUAUGCAGUUUUAUGUUAUAAGUCCACCUAUUCUGCUUGCUCUUUAUCAUUCUAAAAUAGCUGGGACUAUUGUUACUCUCGUAUUAUGGGUAGGAACAGCCAUAUCAACAGCAGUUAUAUCUGUGCAGAAGGACCUUCGUGUAAAUCCAUUUAGUGGAGGUGACUAUUUUGAUGCUUAUUAUCAAAUGCCGUACUGUCGAAUUGGACCAUACCUGGUUGGAAUGUACACAGGCUACAUUCUUUACACAACGAAAUGCAAAUGUAAAAUAAAUAAGUUUGUAAAUAUAACUAUAUGGGCGGUGUUUGCUGCGUCAGCAUUAGCUGUACUUUAUGGUGUAUAUGACGAUAUAAAUGGUGAUCAGUUAUCUACAGGUGUUGCCGCACUGUACAAUGUCUUACACAAAACAGUCUGGGGUGCUGCUGUCUGUUGGGUGAUAUUUGCAUGUGCUACUGGAAAUGGAGGUUUCGUAAAUACAAUUUUGUCCUGGAGAGGAUUUGUACCUUUGUCUAGACUAACAUACUGUGCCUACCUGAUACAUCCACUUGUUAUGUACUUUUACUACCAAUCACGAAAACAGUUUUUAUUUUGGGAUGAUCAUGAAGUGAUAUACGAAUUUUUUGCACAUCUUGGGAUGGCUUAUGCAGUUGCAUUUGUGGCCUCACUGGUGUUUGAAUCACCAAUGAUGGGAUUGGAAAAAGUGGUGUUUAGGAAAGACAAGAAGAAAUAAGAACUUUGAAAAUGAAUAUGAAAAUACCUUAUUAAUAAAAUGUAUAUGAAUUAGUGUCA